CAUGCCAGACGCUUCAUGGAAAUUGUUCUCGGUGAAGUAUUUACAUGGAAUCGGUGAAUGAAUUUCUGCGAUAUCUGUCAGAAACAACAUAUGAAAACGUCAGUUUCGCUGGAAGCGUUGGAUUAACAAGUAGCCGCUUGGAAAGUCAACUUGAUUUCUUUCAAAAUGCAGUGAAUGUUUAAUGCAUUUUUUGGUUUCGCAAAAUAGCUUGUCUUCGAAACAAUUUAACACCAUGUAAGCAUUGUUGUAUUUCACAAGAAUCUUAUAGCACCAUAUUUCGUGUGUAUCAAAGGAAAAUUUAUCUGCAACAGGGCUGAUUUCAGAAAUGGAAAGCAAGCGAACGAUUGUCAUUGCUAUAGAUGACAGUGUACAUUCGGAGUUUGCAUUUGACUUUUACGUAGACAAUGUCCAUCGCCAUGGUGAUCACAUCGUCCUUGUGCACGUGCCUGAAUAUAGCAACAUACUGUCUGCUUCUUCUCUAUUGACUGAUCCAAACAUCGUUGCUGAAAUGAUAAAAGAUAUUGAAGAACGCACAAGCGAACUCGUCGACAAAUACUCGUUUAAAAUGCAACAAAAGCAGUUACAUGGCCACGUGAAACAACAGUGUGGAAAGCCCGGUGAGGCGAUUUUAGAGUGUGCCAGGGAAGAGGGCGCCACCAUGUUGAUACUGGGAACUCGUGGAAUGGGAUUAAUGCGGCGGACCUUCAUGGGAAGCGUCAGUGAUUAUUGCCUCCACCACGCCUCAUUUCCCGUCCUUGUCUGCAGACAUAAACCGUUCAUAAAGGACAAAUAAUGCUCAUAUCUAUAUAAGUUUAUAUACUUUCCAAGCUUCAUAUGGCUACUUCUAUAUAACAUAAGUGCCACGGUAAACGAGAUUUAACAUUAAUACUAUAUUUGCUAAAACCAUCAGCUGAACUGGUAUAUCAAGCGAAAAUGUUGAAGAGAAAUCAUACAGUGCGCACUUUGAGAACGGCACGUGGUUUGCAUGCGUGGCAAAGUGCUCUGACCAUUCAAUGGUAGCGUCGGCGGAAAAAUGAGUUUUAUUACAAACUAUCUAGAAUGCAUAGUCUUUCAUGUCAUUAAAGUGAACUACGUUAAGCACAAACUACAAUACCUUGCAAAUGCUCUAUACCGCAAUUUAAUUACUAAUGAAAAAAAGGCAUCCAUGGUAUAAAUUGCACAACAUAAUUUACGGAUGUACCUUGCAAAACUGGAACGGCAACCCUCCUUUGUUCAUUUAUUUAUCAUUUACUGAGCUCGUUCUUAAUGCCAAAGACGUGGAAAGGGACAAAACAGUUAUUAGUAACGACUUUGUCUGUUCGGAAGAAUGUAAAUACUGUGUC